AGAUACCUCAGUCGCCCCUCGCCAUUGAGAAUCUUCGAUAAACCGCCAAAAUGGUCAAGACCUCCGUCCUCAACGAUGCGCUCAACGCCAUCAACAACGCCGAGAAGGCCGGCAAGCGCCAGGUCAUGAUCCGCCCUUCCUCCAAGGUCAUUGUCAAGUUCUUGACCGUCAUGCAGCGUCACGGCUACAUUGGCGAGUUCGAGGAGGUCGAUGACCACCGCAACGGCAAGAUCGUUAUCCAGCUUAACGGCCGCAUCAACAAGACCGGUGUCAUCUCUCCCCGUUACAACGUCCAGCUCCGCGAUAUGGAGAAGUGGGUCGUCAAGCUCCUGCCCUCGCGUCAAUUCGGUUACAUCGUCCUGACCACCUCCGCCGGUAUUAUGGACCACGAGGAGGCCCGCCGCAAGCACGUUGCUGGCAAGAUCCUCGGUUUCUUCUACUAGACUAGUUUUGGAUUGCGCGAUGUGGAGGGAUGCAUAUACCCGGGCUUAGCUAGGCACGAGAAUUGUUUGGCUAGACAACCAUCACGGCCAUGCUAGACGAAAGAAUGACCAAAAGUUCAUGACAGUCAAAAAGACGC